AUUUUUGAUUGCUAUGUUAGAAUUUGGUUCAGCAACAACUUCUUCAUCGGCAUCGUAUCAUCAUCGUCAUCCGUACUGCUCGCGUCGAAAGUAAUCUGAAGCAAAAGCAGCGGCGGGGGAUAUCUUGUAUUGAUCAGAGAAGAUUAGGGGGUGAAAGAGAUGGGAGAAGGGGGUGAAGAUGUGAAGGGACCAAACGAAGGAAACCCUAACUCCAAAGAUCAUGAUAAUCUGCAGUUGUUGAACGAAAAAGUCUCUUCCAGAAAAGGCAAAUCAUGCAAAGGAUGUUUGUACUAUUCAUCAACUCUCAAAUCCAAUUCUCGCAACCCUGUUUGCGUCGGCAUCACCCGUUCCCUUCCUAAAGCACCUCGCUACUACGUUGGAGAAUCUGAGAUGGAAGCUUCAAAAGAGGGUAGGAGCCUUGCUGAUUUCAGAUAUGGUUGUGUUGGUUACUCCGUUUAUUCAGAUAUGAAAAAUCACAGUGGGGAUGCACAAGAAACACAAAAGGAGUUGCCAGCCUGUGUUGGUAUCGAGGUUCUGGUGGAUAGAAAAGUUAACAACGCUAACUCUACUCCUCAUCAUGUGCAUAACAAAGAUAACCAUGCAAUUCCACAACCACGAGUAAACAGGCCAGCUCAAUCUGCAGCGGAUGAUUUCUUUAGCAGAUUUACGAGAAAUGCAAAUGUAGUUGCAUCAGGGGUAGCGAAGAACGUGCGUAAAGUUGGGAAUCAAAUAAAGGAAAGCGUGGAUGACAUUUUGUAUCCUUAUCGAAGACGACCAAAGUAACAAGGAAAUAACGAUUGUAGGAAUGGACAUUCUUUAUCCAUACCAAAGACCCACACUUUACUACUACUGAUGAUCAAGAGCAGUAAAGAAAAGAAGAUGAAUCAUCAAGUCUCUGUCUCUAGUUUUAAGGAUGCAAAACAUUUUCAUUUUGUUCUCAUAAUGUCUUGAAACUAAAACAGAUGGUUAUGCAUCCUAAUAUUAUUUUUGUACACCGACUGAUAAUUGCAGAUAUUAAUGAGUUUCAUGGGUUACUUAUAA